AUGUUCAGAUUGAGGAUUUUUCUCCACCGAUCCUUUUUAUUAUCGGAUCCCUUCAAUCCCUGGUUCUCGAAGCGCUCGUGUUACGAAAACUCGCCCUUUCUGCAAAAUUCAUCGAGGGAUUCGGUUGUAAUGGGAACCAAAAGACCUUUUGAUGAGGAUCUUCAGGAGUUUAUAAAGCAUCCAAAGCAUCUUGAAAAUGGGAAUAAACCUGAUCCAUUUGGAGAAGAAGAUAAACAUACUCUUGAAACAUCUCACAAUCUUGGGAUUACAGGUGAACAUGGAGCUACCUUCUUCCAAACAGGCGACUCCAUUAAAACCGAGAAGCUCAAUCCUGUCACAGAAAUGGCGAACGAGUUUGAAACCAGUGAACACUCACGUGAAAACAUUCCCGCCCCUGUGUUUCCCUCGAAUCUUUUCCCUGAGUUUUUCGAAUUCAACAUGCCAAGACGACAACUAGUUCAUUUUGAUGAUACGUAUUCAUCUAUUUUGAAUAAUUCUCCCAGAAAACAGGUUCCAAUUGGGCCAGAUCAUCAAGCCGAUGUCCCUGAUUUUGAUCCAGAUUUAGCGAGGAAUCUCUCUGAGAAUCGAGAGAAAAGUUCAUUAGGCGUAAUUGUCAAUUCACCUCCGAGUGAAACAGAAUGUAAAUGCUUGGAUUCCGGUUCUAUCCGAUGCGUUCAACAACACAUCAAUGAAGUCCGAUUGAAGCUAAAAAACUCUCUAGGGCUUGACAAAUUCAUCGAUUUAGGGUUACACGAAAUGGGGGAAGAAGUAUCGCAUAACUGGACUGACGAAGAACAACAACUCUUUCAAGACGUGGUUUACUCUAAUCCCGUUUCUCUAGGUCGCCGAUUCUGGGAACAACUCUCGAUUGCAUUCCGAUCCCGAACAAAGAAGGAAUUGGUAAGUUAUUACUUCAACGUUUUCAUGCUUCGUAGACGCGCUGUUCAAAACCGAUCGAAUUUAUUAGAAAUUGAUAGCGACGACGAUGAAUGGUGGGGAAGUAAACGCGGACCUUUCGGUGAAGACGGCGAUGACCAUGGAGAUAUUCUCGUCGGUGUUUAUGGCGGCGAUUUACAUGACGAUAAGACUGUAAGUGAAAGCGAGCAAGAAAAGGUAAACGGUGGUGGGUUGAGAUCGGAAUCGUAUUUACAUUGGGAUCCGCCGUACUCCACCAUGGGUUCAACGAAAGGUGUUGAUCUGUUGCCGACUUGUAGUAUGAUCGAAGAAAUAUUUGGGUCCUCAAAAAACGGGAAGAAUACUUAAUGAGGUAACCUUUUUCAGAUGCUAAUAUAAGAGCCCCCCCCGUGCUUUUUGUACAUUAAUUUUGUGAUACGAACUAUAUGGAGGAUUUGUUUUAUCCCCUCGAUCUUAAAUUGCUCGCUAAAAUCUUUUAAUUUAUACCACAAGUGCAUUACGGUGUUGUGUUUGAGUUACAGUUAGAUCACGUGACAUGUGUCAUGUCUUUUACUGUGUUUGUGGUGUUUUAGGAGGAAUGUGUAUGGGACAAAACUUGUAACUUUGUACCCUUUGUGUCCCA